UAAUUAUUUUUUUCUAAUACGACAUUGCUUUGGAGAAGGAAGACAAAAACCCAAAACCCCUCUUUCGUUCCGAAGUUCCAAGUUCCCCCCUUUCUCUCUCGUCAACUCCUCCCACACAGUCAUGGCGGCGCGGCCGGAGCUUCAGGCACCGCCGGAGAUAUUUUACGACCAAUCAGAAGCUCGGAAAUACACUUCUUCUUCUCGAAUCAUCGACAUUCAGGCAAAGCUUUCUGAAAGAGCAUUAGAGUUACUUGCCUUGCCUGAUGAUGGAGUCCCCAGAUUGCUCCUUGACAUUGGCUGUGGAUCAGGGCUGAGUGGAGAGACACUGUCCGAGAAUGGGCAUCAGUGGAUUGGUUUAGAUAUAUCAGAGGCAAUGCUUGAUGUUGCAGUGGAGCGGGAGGUCGAGGGUGAUCUUUUACUUGCAGACAUGGGUCAGGGGCUAGGUUUUCGUGCUGGAGUUAUUGACGGUGCAAUUAGUAUUUCAGCCGUCCAGUGGUUAUGCAAUGCUGAUAAGUCCUCACACGAGCCUCGUUUGAGACUGAAAGCGUUCUUUGGAUCUUUGUAUAGAUCCCUUGCUAGAGGAGCUAGAGCAGUUCUUCAAGUGUAUCCCCAAAAUGUAGCUCAGCGUGAGCUGAUCCUAGGUUCCGCUAUGCGUGCUGGAUUUGCUGGCGGAGUAGUGGUUGAUUAUCCCCAUAGUUCAAAAAGUCGAAAAGAAUACCUUGUUCUCACUUGUGGUCCACCAUCCUUAAAUGCUGCUGUUCCAAAUGCUAAAGGAGAAGAUGGUAUGAGUUGCUCAGAAGAUGAUAGUAGUGGAGAUGAAGAAAAUCAAACGGUUACAAUUUCAGACAGGAAUAGACCCAGAAAGAAGCGGAAGCUGGACAAGAAGAGCAAAGGAAAGGAUUGGGUUCUUCGGAAAAAAGAACAGUUGAGAAGAAAGGGUAGCUCGGUGCCUGCAGAUACAAAAUACACUGCUCGUAAACGCAAGUCUCGUUUUUGAGCUUCUAUCUUCCCAUGUCUGAGCAUAAUUUUGAGGUUUCUGGUGUAUUUUUAAUGUAUUUUAUUUUGUUUGGUAGAAAUUAAAUUAUGGAAGAAAAGAACAGCAAUGAAGGAACAUUAUUUAGGAUCGUAAACCAUAUAUUUUUUCUACAAUGAGACUUCAGAUUAUUUGCAAUGUUCACUGCCAUGACUUUGUAUCAAAUGUAGAACAAUGAAAGCUUUGUAUGUCAUUUCACUGAAGUCAUGGGAUUGAAUCCCAGUAGAGGCAUUUAAUUAUUUGCAAAUUUAUAAAAUUUAAUCUAUGUUUAAUUGA